AUGGAUCGUCGGCACCAGCCGCUGUCUCAGCCCGGCGACCAGCACAGCCACGCACACGACACCGAGGGCACCGCAGACGAAACGAACCAUGUAGAUCAGGAUGGCGCUGAGCCUGGCCCACCGCUGCUGGCUGAGGGCACUUCAUUGCCAAUGGCUGGCCCAAGACGUUCUCAAACAGAUCCAACAACAACAUUAUCGCCCAUCCCGCAGACUACAAACAGGCCGUUGACUGGAUCUUCAUCGAGACCACGCUUCUACGAGCAUGUUGACGUGGAUCAAAGCCCAUCCGAAGGGAAAAUGGCCCAAGACACAUUGUUGAGCGAAGGGUUAUUGGACGCCAGACCAAAGACCGCUGCGACUAAGACGAAAUCGCCGUUCUCUCUCGUCGCUAGGAAGUAUGGGUAUAGUAAGAUAGCGAAGGGGAAGAAGGGGAAUCGGAAGCCCGGAUCUGGGUGGAAAGCUCAGGCUGAAGCAUUCAUUCAGAGUCUUUAUCAGAGAGUGGUUUUGGAAACCAUCCUUCGUCGCAAACCGCUGCCGCCCUCCAAAGAUGGGCGUCAUAUUCCUCUUAACCCAUCGGGCGUCGAUCCCGGUGGUCUGAUAGAUGAACGCAGCAAUCAGCCUUACAUUAGCAACUUUAUUCGUUCCAGCCGCUAUACGAUCUACAAUUUCAUCCCGAAGCAGCUUGUCUUUCAGUUCAGCAAGCUUGGAAACUUUUACCUCCUUAUUAUGGGCAUUCUUCAGGUAAUUCCUGGCCUGAGCACUGUUGGGAAAUACACAACAAUUGCUCCACUGGCUGGCUUCGUGGCCUUUAGCAUGGCCAAAGAGGGCUAUGACGACUACCGGCGAUAUCAACUCGAUAAGGCGGAGAAUCGCAGCAUGACCUGGGUCUUGGCCCACGGUGUAAGAGAAGGGAGAGAGAGGCCACGAAUGUCGGUAUGGAAGAAUAAGCUAAAGAUAAAGCGAAAAGGCACCAAGAAACGACGCGGAGCAGAUGAGGAGGAUGUUAUUCUGCAAGAUAUCGAAGAAGGAGCCCUUGCUAGAUUGGACGACACGAACGACUGGAUGUAUGUGCAGUGGCAGCAUGUCCAAGUAGGUGACAUUGUACGACUCCGUCGCGACGAACCAGUGCCCGCCGAUAUGGUCGUACUUCAUGCUACGGGGCCGAACGGCGUCGCAUAUAUCGAGACAAUGGCAUUGGAUGGCGAAACGAACCUUAAAGCCAAGCAGGCUUGUCCUCUGCUUGCAGAUAAAUGUGACACAGUGGAUGGGCUCCGAUCGACUCGCGCUACAGUGGUAUCCGAGGAUCCCAAUCUUGACCUGUACAACUAUGUUGGGAAGGUCGGCAUCGACGACGGUGAAGCCGUACCUUUAUCAUUGAACAAUGUUGUCUAUCGAGGCUCUAUCCUGCGAAACACUGCAAUGGCCAUUGGGCUUGUGAUCAACUCGGGCGAGGAAUGCAAAAUUCGCAUGAACGCGAACAAGCAUGCGCAUGCCAAAAAGCCGGCAAUGCAGUCUACAAUUAACAAAAUGGUCCUUGCUCAGAUCUCCAUUGUCAUCUCUCUCACCAUUGGAUUGAGUAUUGGAUACCUCAGAUGGCACAACGACACAGAAGUGAAAUCGUUCUACAUCGUCGAAAUUCCCUUAUUCGACGCAAGCGUACCGUUUAAGCAAAUUUUCUUUGGGUUCUUGAUUAUGUUUGGAAGUUUAAUUCCGCUCUCGCUUUAUAUCAGUCUGGAAGUCAUCAAAAUUGGUCAGCUCUUCUUGUUGCAGGACGUGGAAAUGUACGAUCCGGUCACGGAUACUCCCAUGAUCGCUAACACCACGACCAUUUUGGAGAAUCUUGGUCAGGUGAGCUAUGUGUUUACAGACAAAACGGGAACUUUAACAGAGAACUUGAUGCGCUUUCGGAAAUUGAGCGUUGCUGGUGUUGUUUGCCUUCACGAUAUGGAUACUCAGGACGAUGAGACGACCAAGAUGAAGUCUCGCGCAAAGGGAAAACAGCCUGUUUUGACGACAUCUACUAUGAUGGGCCAGGGGGAGGGUGACGAGAUGGGGGAGGCACAUUUCUCUGGACAGAUGACGGAUUUGAAUAACUUGGCUCCGGACAUGAAAACCGAAGAGCUACUUGACUACAUCCGUCGACGGCCCAACACCCCCUUUUCCCAAAAGGCUAAACAAUUUUUGCUUUGCAUAGCCCUUUGCCAUACCUGUUUACCGGAGACCAACGAAAGCGGAGAUAUCGAAUACCAGGCCGCAUCUCCUGACGAACUGGCCCUUAUCGAGGCGGCUCGGGACUUGGGAUACGUGCUCAUCGACCGUCCGGCGCAGUCCAUUAAACUGCAGAUGCAAGAUACGGAUGGGGCACUACAGACAGAAACAUACCAGGUGCUGGAUGUGAUUGAAUUCACCAGCAAAAGAAAGCGAAUGUCAAUUAUUGUUAGAAUGCCUGACAACCGGAUUUGUGUCUUUUCUAAAGGCGCGGAUAAUGUCAUAAUGUCUCGUCUCAGGCUUAACCAAGUUGCUGCGCAAAAGGCCAAAGAUGUCAAUCGCCGAGCAAGCGUGAGAAAAACGUUUGAACAGGACAAAGCAAUCAAACGCAUGAGCAGCCAAAUCGUCAGAAAGUCUUCAGUUCGCAACAGCUUUGGUUUGGACCGGAGUAAAUCAAGCGCUGGGCUCGAAGGUUUAAGAAGAAGUAUGAGCAGGCGGUCUACGGAUCUUAAUCGGCUCUCACAGGCUGAAGGUGUCGCCUCGUGGCUGCACAGGCGAAAUACAGAGGACAUGAUAACCCCUCGGCCUUCAACUGAUGUGCUACGGAGCCCGAGACAGAGCUUGGGACGCAUGUCAUCAUUUGACUAUAGGGAUUAUGCUGGCGAAGACGAUGAUAGAAUAGACGAAUUAGUGGCCGCUGAUGAAUCGAUGAUCUUUGAGAGGUGUUUCCAACACGUGGACGACUUUGCCGCAGACGGGUUACGAACACUUUUAUAUGCCUAUCGAUAUAUCGACGAAGAAACGUAUACUGAGUGGAAAAAUCAGUACAAAGAAGCAGAGACUAGCUUGGUUGACCGCCAAGAACGCCUCGAAAUAGCGGGAGGGAAAAUCGAAGAGGAAUUUGAGCUUGCUGGAGCUACAGCUAUUGAAGAUAAGCUCCAGGAAGGAGUUCCGGAGACAAUUGAAAAGCUGAUGCGUGCAAAUAUCAAAGUCUGGAUGCUCACGGGCGACAAGAGAGAGACAGCCAUCAAUAUCGGCCAUUCAGCGCGCGUUUGCAAACCGUUCUCGGAGAUUUACAUCUUGGACGCCUCCACGGGGAAACUUCAAGAUGCCAUAACAACAACGCUCACUGAAGUCGGACGGGGCAUGGUGCCUCACUCGGUCAUUGUUGUGGAUGGACAGACAUUAGCCACAAUUGACGCUGAUGACGAUCUUUCCGCCUUAUUCUACGACUUGAUUGUACGGGUUGACUCUGUCAUCUGCUGCAGGGCGUCGCCUUCUCAGAAAGCCAAUCUGGUCAAAUCUAUAAGGCGAUUUGUGCCAAAGAGUAUGACUCUGGCAAUUGGCGACGGAGCAAACGACAUUGGCAUGAUUCAGGCUUCACAUGUGGGCAUAGGAAUUUCGGGGCGCGAAGGUCUUCAGGCGGCGAGAAUAGCCGAUUUCUCGAUUGCCCAGUUCCGGUUCCUUCAAAAGCUGCUAUUUGUGCACGGUCGAUGGAACUACAUCCGGACGGGCAAGUAUGUCUUGGCCACGUUUUGGAAGGAGACCUUCUUCUACCUCAUACAGGCGCAAUUUCAGCGUUUCACUGGCUACACAGGCACUUCACUUUAUGAAUCGUGGAGUCUUACGGUUUUCAACAGCGUGUUCACGUCUCUGCCUGUGGUCCUGCUCGGUAUUUUCGACAGAGAUUUACAGGCGUCGACGCUAUUAUCUGUACCGGAGCUGUAUACUUUUGGCCAGCAGAGGCAGGGAUUCAACCUAAAGCAGUAUCUGGGCUGGAUGAUUCUGGCCGUUGCAGAGAGCUUUGUCACGUUUUACUUUAUGCUAGGAGCGUUUGAGAGCAUUCUGUUUACGGAAGACAAUACCCUUUAUGCUAUGGGGACGAUAUGUUUCAGCGCUGGUGUGAUUUUUAUCAAUGUGAAGCUACUGCUUCUCGAGUUUCACAGUAAAACGUUGAUUCCGCUGAUUGGACUCGGUCUAGAAAUCACUGGAUGGUUUCUCUGGAACUUGAUUCUUUCCGCUAUAUAUCCGAGAACAAUUGGUCCCAUCUCGGUGAGGGAUGCCUUUUUGCAUGCUUUUGGGGAUCGGCUAUCCUGGUGGACGACGCUGCUUCUCACAUUAUUCACCCUCAUCAUAAUAGAGCUGGCUGUACAGGCUAUUCGACGAGUGUACUGGCCAACCGAUCAGGAUCUGAUGCAGCGCAUAGAGAAGGAUACCAACUCGAAGCACAUAUUGAGACAGUACGCUGCUGAUGGAGCUGGAGACCUGGAAAGGGGCAAGGCUCAGACACAGGGCAUCGAGUUGGAAGAAAUAGGGUUACAGCCUGAUCUUCAGCGAGAGGAGGGGGCCACACUGCUGACGGAACGGGAAAGAAGUGUAGAGAGAAGCCAAAGCCCCCAGCCUAUCAGCUCAGUGCCGAGGAGAAGCUUUCAAGAUUUGGGUCCGAGGAGGUCGGUUAGGAUGAGCCACGACGACUAUCGGCCGCCGAACUUUAUGCCGCUAGCGGAAGAGAGGGAAAUUCCGUAUGAGGACGCUGAGGAGACAAGGGGCGGUACGUGA